GCAGGAGGGAAUGAUGGCCGGUACUUAAAAGGUGUGCAAGACUGCUACGUGAAUUGAGGGUGGGUUAGGGAGAACCUCUAGGCGGAGUGAAGAGCCAGGCAAAGCUUGCAUGUUGCAGAUGGGAGGAAGAGUUUGGGUGAGGUUGGUGUAGGGUACUCAGCUGGGAAUAGAAUGAGCUAGACUGGGACAUAGACCUGACUGUGGGUACAAAGGCACUGCUGAAGGAUUACAAAGCCAGGGCUAGGUCUGGACCUGAAAAGUAUUUGGUAGGAUAUUUAGCAUAACCAACUGCAUUGCCACGCUCAUCAUUCAGUUCUUUUACAACCUGGUACUGGCACCUGCUCUGUGCCAGGUCCUGGUCUGGGCAGAGGAUCCCAGCACAGCCUGUGCCUGCCCUCAACAUACUACUGGUCCAGCUGGGAAGCCAGAACACUUUGGAUCGCCCUGCCCAGGCUGUUGUGUCGAUCUCGGCUCCAAUCCAAGACGGGCCAAACCAUGGCGGAGAAGACGCAAAAAAGUGUGAAGAUUGCUCCUGGAGCCGUUGUGUGUGUAGAAAGUGAAAUCAGGGGUGAUGUAACUAUAGGACCCAGGACAGUGAUCCACCCAAAAGCUCGAAUUAUUGCGGAAGCUGGACCGAUAGUGAUUGGUGAAGGGAACCUAAUAGAAGAACAGGCGCUUAUCAUAAAUGCUCACCCUGAUAAUAUCACCCCUGAUACUGAAGAUCCAGAACCCAAACCCAUGAUCAUUGGCACCAAUAAUGUGUUUGAAGUUGGCUGUUAUUCCCAAGCCAUGAAAAUGGGAGAUAAUAAUGUUAUUGAAUCAAAAGCGUAUGUGGGCAGAAAUGUGAUCCUGACAAGUGGCUGCAUCGUUGGGGCAUGCUGCAACCUAAACACCUAUGAAGUCAUCCCUGAGAACACAGUCGUCUACGGCACAGACUGUCUUCGUCGAGUACAGUCUGAGCAACCACAGCCCCAGACAUUACAGCUGGAUUUCCUGAUGAAUAUUUUGCCAAAAUACCACCACCUAAAGAAGACCAUGAAAGGAAGCUCAACUCCAGUUAAGAACUAAGAACAGUGUAUGACAUGAAGAUAACCUUUUGUGCUUGGCCACUGUCUUUCAAAACAGCCACAGUGUUGACGCACUCUUAGCAGUUCACAGGAUAAUACAUGUUGGCUUUCUUUUGUAGAACUUGAGUUAAAGAGGAUUUUCAUUGUAUUUAUCCUCUGUAAUUUAUAUAAAAUGUAUUAUUUCCCUAUGUCCUUAUUCCUUUUCUGAUAAUUUACAGAUGUAGUUUAGUCUUCCUUUGUUAUAUAAAAUGUUGGCCACAAAUUUUAGUUAUAUAAAAGACUACCCAUGAUAAGAAAGGGCAUGUUGUUAUGUAUUUAUAUUCAAGAAUAUAGUAAUCCAAAUAAAAGUGCUGAUGGCAGGACUUUUAGUGAACAUACAUUAAUCAGUUUUUAUACUUGAAUUCACUUUCCCAAGAUAGCUCUUCUAAUUUUUAUUGUGUACUAGCUGUAUAUUAAAGCUGAUGUAUUUACCAUAUUUUCCUUUUGUGGAUUUGUAGCUGUUUAAAGUUUCAGGGGAAAUUUCAGUAGUUAUUGAAUUAACUUAGACUUCAUUUUGUUUCCAAGAAAAACCUUUAUUUCCUUUUUUGGUAAAACAAAAGUAAUCAGGGAAAAAGUAAUACAAAAGUAAUACAAAGUCAAAAAGAAUGGUGUCUGAUGAAGAUGACAAGUAAAUGACCAUUGAGUGGCAUUCCUGGGUUUCUGAGGACAAUGAAACUAAAAGAGAUUUUGAUGCACUUACAAAUUUGCAAAAUUAUUUUGGCAUGUUACUGAUCACUAAUUAUUCAUCAGGUUGUAAUUCGAUUUACCAAUUAUUGAGGAUUUUAUUAUAGUUCCAAGUUUGUUUAAUAAUUCAAAUAUGCACAUUUAAUGGAAC